UAAUGAUGCUGGAUAUGUAUUAGUCUUAUUACAUACCAUUUAACCAGUCACCACAGUAGGAACAAUUGCACCACUUAUUUUGAAAACUUGUACCGGAAAGUGUUUCAGUUUAAUUUCCCUGAGCAGCUGAGCUGAGCCCCACUCCCUGUCAGUCCGCCCCGCAGACCUGCGGUCCACUUUAGUGCAGUGUGUUAGCAAAAAUGAGCGACAAAGGUUUGUCUGACGAGGCAGCGGCAUUAGCUUGCAAAGAUGGAGACCCAGUUACUAAGGACUUCAUGAUGCAGCAGACUAUGCUGCGGGUUAAAGAUCCAGUUAAAUCCUUGGAUUUCUACACCAGAAUCCUCGGCAUGACGCUCCUGCAAAAGUUCGACUUCCCCUCCAUGCGUUUCUCUCUCUUCUUCUUGGGCUACGAGGACAAGAAGGAGAUUCCUACAGAAGUGAAGGAAAAGACGGCAUGGACCUUUUCCAGACGAGCCACCAUUGAGCUGACGCAUAACUGGGGCUCUGAGGCUGAUGAGAGCCAGUCUUAUCACAAUGGAAACUCAGAUCCACGUGGCUUUGGACACAUUGGAAUUGCAGUUCCUGACGUCUAUGCAGCCUGCAAACUGUUUGAAGAGCAAGGAGUCACAUUUGUCAAGAAGCCAGAUGAUGGAAAAAUGAAAGGCUUGGCCUUCAUUCAGGACCCGGAUGGUUACUGGAUUGAGAUCCUGAGUCCUAACAAUAUGGUGUCCAUUACCUCCUAAAAACUGUGACCUCAUGCUACCUGCUGCAGCGCACACAGGCCGGUGCUGUGGCUUCUCUGGACGAGCAGGACGUCAAGGUUUAGAGAAGAAUUUGGCAGCAUGCGCCGGAGAGCUAAGGGAAAACGCAGCGGGAUGCACAAUCAGUGUGCCCUGGCACGGGCUGGAUUUAUAUUGGACAGUUGAUGAGCAAAUAGUUUAGAUACCAGAGUUAUUGCUAUGAAUGGCAACUACUUUGUGUAGCUGUUGCGUUUGAAUAUCAUCAUCAGUUUGUAUUUGUCUUCAAAAUGUGACACUGAAAUAAAGCUGUAUUACUGUAAUAAAUGUGAAAGCCACAGUUUAAACAAAA